CGAGAUACCGGGAAAUCGUAGUUGCACUGAACUAUCGCAGACCGCAGUCCGUCAGGUGUCGUCAGAUCGUUCGUGUGUUCCGUCCCGGUCGGUCGUUUUCCCUUUCUUGUUUUAUGCGAAGUCUUGUCGAUCGUGCGCGCCCGUUUACAUAAAAACCCGAGUGACUAAUCUCGUAAUAUUUUGCGAAUCGAAAUUGUUGUUACGACAAUAAUAUUGUACUGAUCGUGGUGUUCUUACGGAAUAAAAACCAACAACCACAACAAUUUACGUAUUGUCUUACACGAACAGGUCGUACGAAAUGGGCUUGAGAAUAGCUUAAGUACGUCACUGCGUUCGUCAUGAACUCAAAUUCGAGGGAAUUAAUAUUGGCCGUGGUCGCUUGUUUGGUGUGCAGUACCACGAGCCAUGUAGCCCUCACGUUUCCUCCGGCUCGAACAUAUGACCUUGACUUCCUGGAUACUAGCAGAACGCCCGGCCCUUGUGGUAUGCCUAAAGGCUCAGUCAAGACUUCGUUGAUGUCUGGUUCGUCAUUCAACGUCACAUGGCAUCUGGCGUAUCCUCACCGGGGAGGAAUUAAACUUCAAGUACUGGACAAUUACCAAAGACCUGUACUGGAUUUAACACCAGCCACAAAAGAUUCUGAUUUUUUGAGGACCGAUGCAACAGCUCAAUCGUACGCUGUUCAGUUACCGGGAGAUUUUGUUUGUGAAGAUUGUACCAUUAGGUUACUCAGAGAAGCAUUAGAAUUCGGCAAUAGCUACAGGUUUUGGUCAUGCGCAGAUGUCGAUAUCAAAAACAAAAAAAAUUACCGAGAAGACUGCAGUGGCAAAGGCCGUUACUUAUUAUCGAAGUGCCGGUGCGACAAACUUUAUUACGGGCCCAGAUGUCAAUACAAAGAUGAAUGCGUUGAAGACAACGAUUGUGGCGAUCAAGGCAGGUGCAUUGAUGUCCAUGCAACGACCGCUCCUAGGAAACAGUGUUAUUGCGAACCCGGAUGGUUUGGACCGGCGUGCACUAAACGUUCGUCGUUGAAAUCAAAUGAAAUCGAUUUGAGCAAUCACAGAUUCAGAGAACUUUCAAAAGACUUCCAUUUAUAUUGGAAAAUAUUCAAAGACGAAGGCGAGAUAGAAGUUGUGUUAAGAGCGAACAGUACCAGUUACUUAGGGUUAGGUUGGAGACCAAAAGAUUUAACUGCUGAGUGUAAGAAUUUCCCAGCACUAGCUGAUUUACCGGGUGCGAAAGCUGUAGCAGCAAUACCCAAACCUGAACCCGAACCGGAACCAGUAGGUGAGCCCGAACCAAAAAGCGAACCGGAACCAAAGAGUGAACCCGAACCCAAGAGUGAGCCUGAACCUAAAAGUGAACCAGAGCCAAAGAGCGAACCUGAACCGAAGAGUGAGCCUGAACCCAAAAGUGAACCAGAGCCAAAGAGCGAACCAGAGCCAAAGAGUGAACCGGAACCGAAGAGCGAGCCGGAACCAAAGAGCGAGCCAGAACCGAAGAGCGAGCCAGAACCAAAAAGUGAGCCAGAACCUAAGAGUGAACCUGAACCUAAAAGUGAACCAGAGCCAAAGAGUGAACCAGAACCAAAGAGUGAACCAGAACCAAAACCAACACCAGGGCAGAAAUCAAGUAGUAAACCUGAACCAGAACCGGAGCCCGAAACGACGGUAGAACCUUCACCAGAACCUACUACUUUGUCAACAACAACAGUUGCAAGUUCCACUCGGCCGAAACCAUCAUUUUUCAGAACCAGAGGUAGACUGCAAAAACCAAAGCCUUCCGAAGAACCGGAAGCUGCAGCAUCAACUGCCAGUGCACCAUUAAGAUCGAACGGAAGGCCAGUGUUUGCCCAAUUACGAAAUACUAGAUCAGCGUCAACUCCAAAUGAACCUCAACCAGAAUCAGAGCCAGAACCAAGGCUGAAAGUUCAAGAAGGCCAUAACCAUCACGAUCACUCUUCACAUGAACACGACCACUCAUCACAUGAACACGACCACAACCACGAUCAUCACCAUGAUCAUCAUACUCACGACCAUAAUCAUGAGCAUCAACACGAAACUCCUGCCAAAAAAGAAAUGAAACUCAAUACGUACACGCCCAAAGCUGAUUUCAACGGGAUGGAUUGCACAGAUUUAGUAAUAGGAAGUGCUCGUGGAUCGGCCAGCAGAGUGUGGGACUAUUACACUAGAGACAGGUCGACACCACGUGUAGACGGCUUUUGGGGUGGAAAGAAUGAUUUAAUUGCUGAAGUUGGGUUCGAAAAAGAUGGAGUUACGACCAUUGCUUUUAGAAAGAAACUCAAAGCCACCGAACCUACUGAUCACUCCAUCGUAGAUGAUGUAAUGCACGUGAUUUGGGCUAAGGGUCAAGAACAGAAAAAUUAUCAGCAUUCGCCAAAAUCUGGGCUGGAAAAAGAUGUUGCUUUUGUAAAAGAUUUUUACAAGCAAGAUGAACUUAAAUAUCACGGACACGGGUCCCAGCGUGGAGUGAUUUCUAUUAACUUUUUUGAUGAACCCGGACGACAACCAUCGGUCGACGAUCAAGAGUCAACGAAAACCGCUGACAACCCAUUGACCAGUCGUAAUAACAAGCCAUCCAUCCAGCAGGUUUCCGCGCCGGCGCCCAGCAACUGUUACGGUCAGUGGUCGACCCCAAAAGGCUGUAACGUGACCGCUGGUCAGUGCGAGUACCACGUGGUGUGGACUUAUUCGUCAAAGACCGAUUAUAUGCGAUUCACGAUCACCACCACGCACACCAGUACUUGGACCGGUAUUGGGUUUUCAGACGACCAUAAAAUGAGUCAAACAGACGCAAUAAUUGGAUGGGUGGAUAAAGCCGGAAGGCCGUUCCUUAUGGACACGUGGAUAAACGGAUAUACAGCUCCACUGUUGGAUGCUUCACAAGACUUGAGUAAUAUAACCGGUAACACCGCCGAAGGAUUGACAACGUUGAGCUUUAUGAGGAAACGAUCGACCGGCGAUACCAAGGAUAUGAUGUUUGCGGAUGAUAAGUGUUUGUACUUAACGUUCAUCAUCAAAGGAGGCAUUUACAAUCCUGUGAACAAAAAAAUCAAAAAACACGAAGUAUUGCCAAUGUUUUCCAACGACAGAGUGUGCAUAAGAUCCUGCGGCGCAGAAGAAGAUUGGGAAUUGGCCACCACCACGACUGCGCCGAAAGCGGCGUUCAACGUGGCCAUCAAGUUGGUGAAAUUGGGUGAAAACUUUGUUGUGCCCCCGGCUGGAAGUCCCGAUUUUGACGCCCUAGCCAACACUGUCACCAGCGGUUUCAAGAAGACCUUGACUAAAUUGCCCGAAUUUUACAAGAUCAGCGUCGAUGAGUUUUCUCAAGAGAACGAAAACGUGGUCGCCAAGAUGAGUGUCGAGUUAGACGAGAGUGGCGGUGGAUCGCGUGGCCGUGCAUUGGGCACUGACGAGGGUGCCGAACAGUUGGAGCGUGUCUUAAGGAGUACCGUAAACAGCGGUCACGUAGGCGCCCUGUCUUUGGACCCUAAAUACUUUGUUUUCGAAGCAGCACCACUGUCCAGUACAAUUCCGUUAGAGGAACACGUCAAUGACAGUAUAUUAUUGUCCACGACAAAGUUAUGGAUCGUUAUAGGAUGCAUUUCCGCUUUGGUGUUCAUCGCCAUCGUUCAAGCUGGAUGCACCAUCUACAAAACAGCUCGACGACCCAGACCAAAUCACAAGGAUCACGGCGGCGUGAAUUCCGCCUGGAAGGACUAUUCGUCUGGAGGCGGCGGCGGCGGCGGCGGCGGACCGAACACCAACUACGCGUUCGAUCAGUACGACGGCGGCGACGAGAAACAGUCGCCGAGCUCGUUGAGCCACACGUCCACCAUACCGCUGACCACAAAGUUGGUGUCGCACAACGGAGGCGGCGGCGGCGGCGGCGGCGGCGGCGGCGGUAACCAUUACGCGGAAUCUCGGUCGUUGCACAGGCCGUCCGCAGCGGCCAACGGCGGCCGUCACAUGCACAGCCGCCCUCCGCCACCGCCCGGCCACCAACAGCAGCUGCUCCACCAGGACAGGGCGGCGGGCACUUACUCGCUGCCCAGGCCCGCGCAACAGCCGCCACACCACAACGGCGGUUACUACACGCAAAGGCCGCCCAACCGGACGUCCGCUGCGCACCACGGGCCGCCGCACCAGCAGCAGUCGGCCGGCGGGCCCGGCGAUCAGCUCCAACCGGACUUUUACUUUAUGCCGUCGCAGAGAAAGUACUCGGGCGAAGUGGUCAGGGUUUACGUGGACUACAACACGAACCCCAGGAAAUGAUCGCCAGCAGCGUCUCCGUGUCUUAUAAUAAUAUAAUACUUAGUAAUAAUCAUUUUUGUAAAUAUAUAUCCGACAACUUUUUAUAUAUAAUAUAUAUAUAUUAUAUACAUUAUACUUACUAGGCACACACAUAUUGUUCAUAUAUUCAUACGUUUAGUAUCCGAUGUGCGUUUAAAAUAAUAAGCACCAGCCAUCACUUCAAUGAUUUCAUAAUAAUGAUGCGUAUUGUUUAUCGCGUACGAUUCAUUGUCACUAUGUGUAUAUUAUAUGAUGAUAAUAUGAUCGCUGCAUGAAAUUCAUCUCGAUCCUCUUCGGUUCGUUUUUGGGGUUUUCGAAGUCGGUCGGGCAUCGUAACAUUUAAUGAUAUUUUUUAUUUUUUUACAAAUCGUGUGCCAUUUCAAUCGACUGGUUUAAUAUUACGCGUAUCACGUAUCGCUAUCAGACAGUUAUUGCUGUCGACGGGAUAAUAAGAUUUUCAUUUAUGAGACAGCUAUAAACGCAGAUCAAAAUCCAUAUUAUAUACCUGCAGCCCACAAUUAUUGUUAAUGACUUAUAUACAUUUUUAAUGUAACUACUUAUAAUCCGCGUGUUCCUAAACUUUUGCAUAUUGUUAUCAAAUCCAUCGAGUUUCAUUUUAGUCCAUCCGUAAAAUAGCAGAUUGCUGAUAAGUCAAUCGGCUUGAUUACCUCCCCUCCAGCGGCUGACCGAUCUUAUGAAUUUAGGAACACACGGUAUAUAUGACAGUAAAUAUGUGUGUGUAUGUGUGUGUGUACAUAAUAAAUAUUUAUAGACGACACAUAUAAAUAGUAUACGAACACUGACGCACGUUGUUAUUUACGUGUCGAGCCACUACACAUUGACUGUAUUUUAUUUUUUAUUAUUAUUUUAGAUUGUCGUUAUUAUUUUUUCGAUUUUAUAGUUUAUUUGCGUAAAAUAGUUAAUAUUGUAAUGUUAUAACAAUAGGCGCGUGUAAUGUGUGAACAACAACACGAUGAAUUUCAACGAGAACAUAUAGUGCAAAACAUACAUCGUCAUUCGAAUCAAUAUUAUAAUAAAUUAUGAUUUAAGUAUGUAUUAUAGAGUCUUAAAAUAUUAUAUAGGUAGUUAGGAUGAAAACUGUUUGCUCAUUUAGUCGAAAAGAAAACGAAAUCAAUAUAUUAUGAUUUUUAAACAUAGUGUACAAUUCGUAAUAUUAUUACAAUUAAUAUGUUUUUUUUUUAUAGAAUUGUAUGUGUUUGUUUGUACUUAUUUAUAGUUAGGCGAAUACCAUAGAUAAAUGACAGUGAAUUAAAUGUCUAAUAGCUAAUAUUAACAUAUUAUUAUAAAUAGAUAUACAUUAUAGUAUUAUACUUUAUUAUAUAUAUUGUGUAACCUUAAUUUAACCGUAAAAGUACUAUAUGACGGCAUUAGUCUAUUGGCGUCGAAAAUAUUUUCACUGGGCAAUUUCUAUAUAAUAAUAAUACUACUGUUAUUAUUACUAUUAUGCUUAUGUACGCAUGUCCUGUGAAACCGGAAAAAUAUUAUAAGGCGUUAAGCAUGUUUUUAUUCCGCGACUAUUUUGUAUAUACACCGAAAGUGGCAUUAAACUGUAUUUCUGACGCUGUAAACUAUGUACGUACGAUGUAAUAUUAUAAUAAUAUAUAGUUAUUUAAUACGA